AUGGGAAGCGAUUUGAACAAGGUAUUUAUUUCUGUUUUUUUUUUCAUUUUAAAAGGAAAUUUUUAGAGUUCUUCAUCGUCUAGCAGCAAGGAUCACUCGUUCGAAUUAUUGGAAGCUCUGCCGGCGUUCAAACAUGACAUGAUGCUAACGGAUAUAAACGACGCUGGUCUCAAGCAUGUGAGUUAUUAUUAAUAUUAUUAUAGCAGUUUUUUGUAAUUUUUCCUUGUUAUUUCUAAUCCUAUGCUUUCAGAUCGGCGGCAUUACGGGAAUUGAAAACUUAAGUAUUGGAUCGUUCUCAUCUCCAGCAUUUCCGGUGGAGGGUCUUGUUUACGGACCAAACAAUCGACUAAUGGUGGCCCUGAAUUGUCGUCGUGCCAAGAAGCCUGAUGCGCCGAUCAUCAAAGUUUGGUUUUUAGUUGAUACUGGAUCGAAUUGCACGUUUCUUGACGAAACAACUAUUAGCAAGCUUACCGGCUCCGACGCGAUUCCGUCGGCUCUUCACGUCGCCAUUCAGGUUUAGUUUUUCUACUUUCAACUUUAUGAUUAUUCUUUUUCUGAUUCAAAUUUCUCAUUUUAGGAUCCAAAUUCGGUUAUCGAAUGCGACCUCUCGCACAGUCAUUUUAAGGAAGCUAACGUGUUGGGAAUGUUGGCUAUGCGUAAAAUGAACUUGACGAUCAACAGCAUGAAUUGGACUGAAGAGACUUGGCGCCUUGUGAAACAAUAA